GGGGCGGAGCGAGCAGUUCAAGCCGGGCGAGGGUCGGUGUGGGUCGGCUGGCUCUCUGGCCCUCAGCCGCGGCUGAUUCCUAGUCCCCGGCCCUACAGACUAGGAAAGAGGGGGAAGAGGCUGUGGGGGCGGGGCGACGUGCGGCUCUGAGAGAGGUGGGGGAGGAGCGCGGCGGCGGCGGCGGCGGCGGCGGCGGCGGCGGCGGCUCCUGAAGCUGAGGAGAAGGAGGCGGAAGGUUUCCCUUUCCUCUUAGAGCCGGGAGCGUCUGGGAGUCAGAGCCCGGAACUGAGAGGACGCGGCGAUUGCGGCCCCGGGCUAGGGUCUCACUAUGUGAUGCUGGCUGACCUUGAACUGGCUAAUGUGGCCCAGGCUGACUUUUAACUCAUGGACAUCCUCCUGUCUCUGUUUUCCCAGUGCUGGGAUUACAGGUUCUCCCAGGAAAAAGAGACAUGUCUGUCUGCAAUGAUACUUCCUGAUAAGAAGUUGACAAAAGCAAAGGAACAGAGAUUAACAGCUAGUGAGCAGAAUUUCAAACCACCAGGAUACUACAUUUGUUGCUUCCAGCUACAGAUUUCUGUUACCAGCUUUUAAAUCAGAUAUACUCUCAGAACCCAGAAAAAACAAAAGAUACUUUUCUCCUAUCUUUGUUUUUAGGUCAGAGAAACAGCAAUGUCUAGGAAACAAAGCCAGAAGGAUUCAUCAGGAUUCAUUUUUGAUUUGCAGUCCAAUACUGUAUUGGCCCAAGGAGGAGUUUUUGAGAACAUGAAAGAGAAGAUAAAUGCAGUGCGUGCAAUAGUUCCCAAUAAAAGCAACAAUGAAAUCAUCCUGGUUUUGCAGCACUUUGAUAAUUGUGUGGACAAAACAGUACAAGCAUUUAUGGAAGGGAGUGCCAGUGAAGUACUCAAAGAAUGGACAGUAACAGGCAAAAAAAAGAACAAAAAGAAGAAAAGCAAACCAAAACCUGCAGCAGAAACAAGAAACAGUAUCCCAGAUUCCAGUAAAUUGGUUUCCACUCAAGAAGAGCAGUCUGCACCUUCCUCAGAGAAAGGUGGCAUUAAUGGUUACCAUGUUAAUGGUGCCAUCAAUGAUGCUGAGUCUGUGGAUUCGCUCAGUGAAGGUUUGGAGACACUUUCAGUGGAGGCCAGAGAAUCAGAAGACCCUGAACCGCCCAUGCCAGUUAGAACAGGAUCUGUGCUGGAGAAUGGUGUCUCUGACUUGGAGCCCAAGUCUUUGACUACCUCCUCUGUUCAGAAUGUUCAGCACUCCAGGAAUGCUGCCAAAUCUCUGUCAAGAUCCACCACAGGACCUCACUUUUCAAAUCUUGGGACGGAGGAUGUUCCACUCUCCUCUACCAACAAAAAGCUAGGUUCCAAUAUUGAAAAAUCUGUAAAAGAUCUUCAGCGCUGCACAGUGUCUCUUGCACGGUAUCGAGUUGUAGUUAAAGAAGAGAUGGAUGCUUCUAUUAAGAAAAUGAAGCAAGCUUUUGCUGAAUUGCAAAGUUGUUUAAUGGAUCGAGAAGUGGCACUGCUUGCUGAAAUGGACAAAGUGAAAGCUGAAGCAAUGGAAAUUUUACUCAGCCGACAAAAGAAAGCCGAGCUUCUAAAGAAGAUGACUGACGUGGCUGUGCGAAUGUCAGAGGAGCAAUUGGUUGAGCUGAGAGCUGAUAUCAAGCACUUUGUUAGUGAACGUAAAUAUGAUGAGGAUCUGGGACGAGUAGCCCGGUUCACUUGUGAUGUGGAGACUCUAAAGAAGAGCAUUGAUUCAUUUGGACAAGUGUCUCACCCAAAAAACAGCUAUUCGACCAGAUCUCAUUGUAGCUCAGUUGUAUCUGUGUCCUUGAGUGGCCCAAGCGAUGCCUCUGCUGCUUCCUCUUCCACCUGUGCCUCUACUCCCAGCCUUACAGGUGCUAACAAGAGAAAUUCUGCAUCAGAAGAAGCUCCUCCAGCAACAGCAAACUCCAGCAGCCAACCCUGCCAGCCUCAUCGGGAGGUAUUACCGGGGAGCAGACGAGGACAAGGCUACAGGCCACAAGGGCAGAAGUCCAGUGACCCUACGAAUCAAGGACGACAUGAUAGUGUGGGUCGUUAUAGAAAUAGCUCGUGGUACUCAUCUGGUUCCAGGUAUCAGAGUGCUCCAUCCCAGACACCAGGAAACACUAGUGAACAGGGCCAGGCCCAUUCUGCAGGGACCAAUGGAACUGGAGCCACUGUGGAGCCUAGCCCAUCUAAACCCUCAUUCAGAAAGGGGCUCCCGCAGCGCAAACCCCGGACCUCUCAGCCCAAAUCUGUGAACUCUUGAGAGAAAUUCCAGAUACUUCUCCACCCCACACAGUUCAACAUGAUAACUGGACUUUAGGAAAUACGUAGUUAGGUUUAAUAACAAAAAAGUUUAUGCAUAUCAUUUUUUGUGCCAUUCUAAAUAUUUUUGGUUUCUUCUCUCCUUAUUUCUUCUUUAUCAUUUUUGGAGGGGAAGGUGUUUUUUCCCUUGACUUUUCCCAAUGAUAUGCUGAUUCAGAUUGGUUUUUCUUACCAGGAAUCACCAGAGGGUGAGCACCAUUGCACCAGGUCUUCCAUCUGCCCAAAGAGGCCUUACACAACAAACCCCCACUAUCAGGGCUGUCUCAGGAGGAAUGGGUCAGAGAUAAACCUGUUACUUUUGCAGUGUGGAUGCCUGCCAGGUCCCCUUUGAACAAGAGUUUGACCAACAGGGAAUUGUAUAUUGUACUGGGUUAGCCAGAAAAGAGGAAUGUUAAUUGGUGAAAAAGAGAACAUAAGGAAACACUGGACAAUCUGCCUCUGUCCCAGAAUGUGCCUGAGAUUUGACACUUGGAAUCAGGGUUUCAGUUCCCUGCUUGGCAUAAUAACUUAACCUGUAGUUUCUUCAAAAUGCCCAAAGCCUUGUUUCUUGUUACCUUAGGCCAACCUUAGGCUGCAAACCUUUCUAAGGAAGUCUAUAGAAAGUUAAUAUACAAUUAAAGUUUUUUAAAAGUUGUAAAAACAUAUUUCUUUGUUUCAGUGUUUGGAGAUUUUUUGUUGUUGUUCGCCCCCUUUCCUGAAUCUUGUCCUCAUUCUGAACGAAAUUUUUAGCAGUAUAAUUAGUGUUAAUCUGUUACCCAUCAAAUAUUGCUGCAGUCAAUCUUUAAAGAUGAAUAAAUAAAAGUAACUGUAUAAAUGUUCCCA